GCAUACUUUAAUGGGAUGGCAGCUGAAAGAUUUUGUGUUCGCAAUUCAGGGGCCAAAGCAGUUGUGGAAGGUGUGGGUGAUCAUGGAUGUGAGUACAUGACUGGUGGAAUUGUUGUUGUGCUGGGAAAGACAGGUAGAAACUUUGCUGCUGGAAUGAGUGGGGGCAUUGCCUAUGUUCUCGACAUGGAUUCCAUGUUCAGAUCUCGAUGCAAUCUUGAGUUGGUUGAUCUUGAUCCAGUAGAAGUAGAUGAUAUUAUGACACUCAGAAUGAUGAUACAACAGCAUUUACGUCACACUAACAGUGAACUAGCUAAAGAAGUGCUUGCUGAUUUUGAGACUCUUUUGCCUAAAUUUAUCAAGGUUUUCCCUCGAGAUUACAAACAAAUUCUUGCAAGCACACAAGAAAAAGAAUCUGCAAAAGCAGCUGCUGAACAUGCUGCCAAAGAAGCUGAGGUGCAGGAAGAGGAAGAGUUGAUGGAGAAAGAUGCUUUUGAAGAGCUUAAGAAGCUGGCAGCUACAUCCUUGAAUGAAAAAGACUGUCAGGCUGAGGAGGACAAACAAUCGAAGAGACCUACUAGGGUUCCAAAUGCUGUGAAGCACCGAGGUUUUGUUGCCUAUGAGCGAGAGAGCAUUUCGUACAGAGAACCUAGUAUUCGGAUGAAUGACUGGAAAGAAGUUAUGGAAGAAUUAAGACCUGGCCCACUUCUGAAGACACAAUCUGCUCGUUGUAUGGACUGUGGCACUCCUUUUUGUCAUCAGGAGCAUUCUGGAUGCCCUCUUGGAAAUAAAAUUCCUGAAUUCAAUGAAUUGGUGUACCAAAAUAGAUGGCAUGAAGCAUUGGAUAGGCUCAUGGAGACUAAUAACUUUCCUGAGUUCACGGGCCGGGUAUGCCCUGCACCUUGUGAAGGGGCUUGUGUCCUUGGUAUUAUCGAGAAUCCCGUCUCUAUCAAAAGCAUGGAGUGUGCUAUAAUAGACAAAGCUUUUGAGGAGGGAUGGAUGGUGCCACGACCUCCCCUGAAGAGAACUGAGAAAAAAGUUGCCAUUAUUGGAAGUGGGCCUGCUGGCUUAGCUGCUGCUGACCAGUUAAAUAAAAUGGGUCAUACUGUGACCGUGUUUGAGCGGUCCGACAGAAUUGGUGGUCUUAUGAUGUACGGGGUGCCUAACAUGAAGGCCGAUAAAGUCGAUAUUGUCCAAAGACGGGUUAACCUCAUGGAAAAGGAAGGUGUAAACUUUGUGGUAAAUGCUAAUGUUGGGAAGGAUCCUGCAUACUCGCUUAAUCAGCUUCGUGAGGAUCAUGAUGCUAUUGUUUUGGCUGUAGGAGCCACGAAGCCAAGGGACCUCCCUGUUCCUGGACGAGAACUGUCUGGAGUCCAUUUUGCAAUGGAGUUUCUUCAUGCUAAUACGAAAAGCUUGCUCGAUAGCAAUCUUAAGGAUGGUAAUUACAUCUCUGCCAAGGGCAAGAAGGUAGUGGUAAUUGGUGGGGGUGACACCGGUACAGAUUGUAUUGGAACAUCUAUCAGACAUGGUUGCAGCAGCAUCGUAAAUCUAGAGCUUCUCCCUGAGCCACCACGAACUCGAGCAGCUGGAAACCCUUGGCCUCAGUGGCCCCGCAUAUUCCGUGUAGAUUAUGGGCAUCAAGAAGCUGCAUCGAAGUUUGGCAAGGAUCCUAGGUCUUAUGAGGUUAUGACAAAGCGGUUUGUUGGAGAUGAGCAUGGAGUGGUGAAAGGACUGGAGAUUGUGCGUGUCCAUUGGGAGAAGGAUGCAAUUGGGAAGUUUUCAUUUAAAGAAGUUGAAGGCAGUGAGGAGAUCAUUGAAGCUGAUUUAGUCUUACUAGCCAUGGGAUUCCUCGGGCCUGAAUCAACUCUACCUGACAAACUGGGCUUGGAGAGGGACAAUAGGUCCAACCUCAAAGCAGAAUAUGGACGCUUCUCAACCAAUGUGGAAGGGAUUUUUGCUGCUGGAGAUUGCCGCCGUGGUCAAUCUCUGGUCGUGUGGGCAAUUUCGGAAGGCCGACAAGCAGCUGCACAAGUUGACAAUUACCUAAUGAAAGAUGAGAAUGACGUCAAGAUUAGCACAGAGAGACCUGAAGAAUCGACAAAGACACAAGAUAGCAACAGACAAGCAGUUAUGACGUAGACCGCUUAAGUUUCACUUCAUACCAUGUUGUCUGAAGCAAGGGAAGACGGGGUCAUAUACUUAUCCUUUGUUGGAUAAUGAAGGGGUAGAAGCCAAACAUAACAGAAUGUUCAAGCCGGAAUUUAGGCCUUGAGAUUCUGAUAGUUGUAUUCUGGUGUUUAUAGAGUUGCUAGUGUUGGGUGCUUAAAUUUUGGCAUCUUUGUCAUGUUAAACUAAUAAUGUACAGUUUUUGUUUGUUCGAUGUUUUGAUGGAAAUGAAUAUAUGGGGAAUUCUAGUUGAAUUUA